CCCGACAUUUUUGGGUCCUUCGAGCCGGAUAAUUAAAAGAAAAAGUCUUCGUGGGAAUUAACAACAACAUCAUCGUUGGAAUCCCACAACCCAACCUGAAAGUUAAAAGAGUGCACCCAGCAAACAAAAAGCCCGUAAGCUAAAUCAACAAAUACCCAAACGAAUAACCCAAACCAAAAACAAAACGAAAUUAACAAAAAGCGGAAAAACUUGAAAUGGCCCCAACAAUCACCAACUCACCCAAACCUCGUCGUAUGAGCUCGACCAUUACCAUCCGGUCCCGUAGCGCAACCCGUAGCAUUACGCCAAUUUCGGAAGACGAAACGAUGUCACGACGCAUGCGGCGUUUCAAGUCGACCCUUCCCACUAUUCGUGAGGAAAAGGAAUGUGAUGAUCGCACAACCCGAAAAACGAUCUCACAUCACAGAAAACCCACGUCACAUCGUCAUGUCGCUUGCGGAAUAUGCAAAAAAGACCACCGUCUAGUGACUUGCGCUACGUACUCGGCAUACAAUAUAAGCAAAAAAUACGAAGCAGUAAUAAAGCAUCACUACUGCGUUAAUUGCUUAGCCAGGUCGCACAAGACAGAAGGAUGCACAAGCAAAAAUCGAUGUUCCACUUGCCAUGGGAAACAUCAUUCAUCCCUACACGGACAUCCGAGGCUAUACCCGACCAACGAUGCCAAUGUUGUUGAGAAACAUCCACUUGCGAUGGAGACCCGACUACCAUCCUUACUGGCUAAGCAGACCCUAGUACCCACAUUGAAGAUCCGAUUAAGAUGCGAUGGUGAAUGGCAUAAAGUUCGAGCCAUUUUAAACCCUACCCUCAAAAUCACGAAUAUAGCAGCCGAACUCGUCCAAAAAUUAAAACUGCCAAUUACAUACCUCAACACGUAUCGUAUUUGUAGCAUCAAAAUUAGCUCAAAUAAUGACACAAAGUUUUGUCUGGAAUGUAACGCAGUAAUCACCCACAAUUUACCCAAAAAACCCUAUGAGCGAGAUCUAAGUGACGAUGUGCAAAUGCGCUUUGAACACUUAGUUCUCGCUGACCCUCAAUUCCACAGCAACAAAGAGAUAACGUUGGAGAUUGGAGCGGAUAUAUACCCUCAAAUCAUCAGAAGUGGACUAUUCAAACCCGAUAAUGGUACAGUGGUAGCGCAGAAUACAGCAUUUGGCUGGACCCUUACUGGCACCAUCUAACCCUAAGUAUACUGCUGAUAAUUACUCCAAUCAAUCUCAAAUUUUUCAAUAUAUGUUACCCUACUAAUACUCAAUUAUUUCGCAGAUUCUGCAAGGUGGCCGGGAUGUUUAAUCCAAACAAAUACUCCUCUGCAUUACUCCCACAAAUUACAUAAAGUAAUAGAGGCGUAAUGCAGAGGAAUAUCAACCGCCCCAACUUCACUCAACAGAAGAAGGAGAAACAAAAAAAGAAAAUAACUUUCCCGCGCUUUUUGCCUUAAGGCAUAUUAUUAUCCCGCCAACACAGCAAUCAAGCACAAGUGAACACGGAGACCAACAUCAAGUGAAGUUUACAAUUAGACAAAGUGAUAAAACAAAGUGAACGAUCAUUAUAUAAAAUACACGUUAAGUACGAGCUUUAAUCACUACAUAAAACAAUACGGAUACAAUACAGGAAUUCACCAAAAUUAUCCAUCAAGUACCCACAACGAGGGAAUAAACCCAGCACACAAAAAGGAAUUAUAUAUUUCAAUCAACACAAUACGUAUGUAUAUUAACACUCAACUCUCACACUAGCUUAUACAAACUCAAUAACAAUUAAUCCCUAUUGGAAACACAUACACACACAAUCAUACACUUGUAUGUAUAAAUCCAAAUAUAUUGAAUUAAAGUUUAUAACGUUUGAACUAAAACUAACCAUCUUUUAAUUAAACGAAA